AUGUCGGAGUCAGAACACUCAUCGUCACCGGUGGAGAAGAGCAACGGGAAUGUUGCUGAGGUCGAUGCAGAUCAAUAUGCCCACGGCCUUGGGUUGGCUGCCCUGGUAGCGUCCUUGAUGCUCGGGAUGUUUCUCAUUUCACUUGAUCAGACUAUUGUCGGGACGGCCAUCCCCAAGAUCACAGACGAGUUCCACGACCUCAACAAAGUAGCUUGGUAUGGCGCAGCGUAA